AACUCGAGUCUACCAAAUUAUCCUAAAUUUUUAGUUGAGGUGGUACAUUUACACCUAGCAAGAAAUCCGGGGAAAUUGAAGCUCGCCACUUGUUUAAGUUAUUUUAUCUACUUUCCGGGGAAAAGGAAAAACUUAUCAGAUUGUCAAGUUCCAAACAUGGGCUUUUCGUUCUGGCUCGCUCGCUUGCGUUCUUGUUCGAACAAAUCAGCUUUUUCCAAAGCUUUUCGGGACUCUUUUUACCAUUAUAAAUCUCAGCUUAAUACUUGUCAGAAGAACUUACCAUCCACCAUUGCUGAGAAAACCAAAAGCCAUGCUUUUUCAUGGUCCAGCUGUUUGCUUCCUCUGGCUUUUGCUGUUUCUGCUGGAUCUCUUACUUUUCAAUCCCACAACAAUCAUCCUUCACUCUGCGAACCUUCUAAUCUGGAUUCUCGGAAAGUGACUAUUGGUGGGAAGGCAAGCACAGAGUUUGUGGUGAAGGGCACUCAUAAAGAAGUUCCACAAGAGCUUAUUGAUGAACUGAAAGCUAUAUGUCAAGAUAAUAUGACUUUGGAUUAUGAUGAAAGAUUCUACCAUGGGAAGCCACAGAACAGCUUUCAUAAAGCAGUAAAUAUUCCUGAUGUGGUUGUUUUCCCUAGGUCUGAGGAGGACGUUUCCCAGAUUGUCAAAUCUUGUAAUAAACAUAAGGUUCCUAUAGUACCAUAUGGUGGAGCUACAUCUAUUGAGGGGCACACUUUGUCUCCUAAUGGAGGUGUUUGCAUCGACAUGACCUUAAUGAAGAGAGUUAAGGCGUUGCAUAUUCGGGACAUGGAUGUUGUAGUUGAGCCUGGAAUUGGAUGGAUGGAACUUAAUGAAUACUUGGAGCCUUAUGGUUUAUUUUUCCCCCUUGAUCCAGGGCCUGGUGCAACAAUAGGAGGCAUGUGUGCAACACGCUGCUCUGGAUCUUUAGCCGUGAGGUAUGGCACUAUGCGUGACAAUGUAAUCAGUCUCAAGGUUGUCCUUGCUAAUGGAAUUAUUGUUAAGACAGCUUCUCGUGCUCGGAAGAGUGCUGCUGGGUAUGACUUGACUCGCCUGAUGAUUGGAAGUGAGGGGACCCUUGGUGUGGUAACAGAAGUCACUCUACGGCUUCAGAAAAUUCCAGAGCAUUCAGUGGUUGCAAUGUGCAACUUCCCCACAAUUAAGGAUGCUGCAGAUGUUGCUAUUGACACCAUGUUGUCUGGUAUUCAGGUGUCAAGGGUUGAAUUAUUGGAUGAAGUCCAAGUAAGGGCUGUCAAUAUUGCUAAUGGGAAGAAUUUGCCUGAAGUUCCAACUCUAAUGUUUGAAUUUAUUGGCACCGAGGCAUACUCCCAUGAGCAAACGCAAAUUGUUCAAAGAAUUGUUUCUGAGCACAAUGGCUCGGAUUUUGUUUUUACAGAAGAUCCUGAAGCUAAAAAAGAACUUUGGAAGAUCAGGAAGGAAGCCCUAUGGGCAUGCUUUGCUAUGGAGCCCAAUUUUGAAGCAAUGAUUUCUGAUGUUUGUGUUCCCCUAUCAAACCUUGCAGAAUUAAUAUCAAGGUCCAAGCAAGAGCUGGAUGCAUCAUCACUGGUUUGUACAGUUAUUGCCCAUGCUGGUGAUGGGAACUUUCACACAGUCAUUCUCUUUGAUCCUAAUGAAGAAGAGCAUAGGAGAGAAGCUGAAAGGCUAAAUCAAUUUAUGGUUUAUACAGCUUUGUCAAUGGAAGGAACAUGCACCGGCGAACACGGUGUUGGCACUGGGAAAAUGAAGUAUCUGGAAAAGGAACUUGGAAUAGAGGCCUUGCAGACGAUGAAACGAAUCAAAACAGCUCUAGAUCCUAACAACAUCAUGAAUCCAGGAAAGCUAAUUCCUCCCCAUGUUUGUUUCUAGAAGCAGUGGCCAUCAGUUGCUGUUGCUAAAUGCAUGCGUGCUAUUCAGUGGCUGUUUUGCUAAAAUUUUGCUGAAGCUAUUUUUCGUCAUUGCACCAAACAGAGAAUCAGUUCUGACUGGUUGGAUAGCGGUGAGCAGUAAUGUUGCUGUCAUCCAUCAUUUCUUUUCAUAAGCUAUCCCUGGCUACAUCCCAGUUUCUUUGUUCUUUGUUCCUUCGAAUUAGAAAACUCUGUAAUCUAACAGUGUAACAAUAAAUUAGCUCAUGAAAAAUAUUAAGAUUUUCAUUUUCAGAUGGCUUUAUUAUUACUAAA